CUCGCGAUACGAGGCGCGGAAAACAGUCGUGCGUUUGAAAAUCUUGCGAUUCGUUUUGGAAUGAAUUUGUUUAGAAGCUGUGUUUCCUAAACGCCCCGUUUGGCGCGCGGUUUGAAAUCCGACACAAAAUGAAGUUUACCGAAACGUAUAGUUGACAAGCUCUUAAUAUCCUUUUUGACGAAACGGACUGCAAUCCAGUUGCAACUCGCGUGGGAACUGCACUACGUUGCAUUUGACUUGGAUUUUUUAUAAUAGUUGACCUAUAUAGGUCCUAAGCUUCGCACUUUCUGAGUACAUUUUACUGAAAAAGACCAAUACAAUCUUCGCAAAAUGACUGUGGGUAAAAGAGAGGUGAACUUAGACCGGAUCCUAGUGGAGGACAUCGGGCAGUGGGGGCGGUUCCAGUUCCGGGCCGUGGCGCUGUGCGCGCUGGUGGCUCUGGUGGGCAGUGUGCAGUGCUACGCGUAUCUGUUCACUGUCGUCAAGGUCAACACGAGAUGCCUCAUCCCCGAGUGUGAGGCGGGGGACCCUGUGUUCUCCCCGCCAUGGCUCCCGCGCGCGGUGCCGCCGUCCGGCAACUCCUUGGACAGCUGCCGCCGCUUCCCGGCGAGGACAGGGAACAGCUCCGAGUCCUGUCCUGCUGACUGGUUCAUUAGGAACGAGUCGGUUAGGUGCGAGGAGUACGUUUAUGAGCAUAAGAACUCCGCUUAUUAUGAGUUUGGUCUGGCGUGCGACUCGUGGCGGCCGACGCUGAUCGGCUCCGCGCGCACGCUGGGCUACAUGCUGUGCCUGCCGCUGACGGGGCUGCUGGCGGACCGCCGCGGCCGGCGGCUCGCGCUCGCGCUCAACCUGCUCAACUCCGUGUGGCUCGGCAGCCUGGCCUACUUCGCUCCCUCGUACAACGCCUACUUGGCUAUAUCCUUUGUGGAGGCUCUGUUUGGAGCAUGCACAUUUUGCAGUGCUUAUAUUUUAGCUGUGGAAUACGUGGGACCAAAAUACCGAGUAGCCACCGGUGUCACUAUGAGUACUUGCCUCGCGAUUGGACAAACGCUUCUAGGCCCCAUAGCGUGGACGGAACCUUACUGGAGGAACCUCAUCCUUAUACUGUACCUGCCUCAAUUCAUUUUCGUCAGUUACUUCUGGAUCGCACCGGAGUCCGUCCGGUGGCUGAUCAGCAAAGGCCGGUAUGAAGAAGCAUUAGAAAUUUUGAAGAAAGCUGCCAAAAUGAAUGGCAGUGCUUUGUCGGAAAAGACUUUGAAAGAGUUCUCAGAGUUGAAAGAUGUGACAAAAGAGAAAGAUACAGAACAAUCAGACCCUUGGUUAAUAUGUUUGGUGUUCAAACAUAAAGCGAUGUUGCUGCGUUGUUUAGUGACGCCGGUGUGGUGGAUCACUUGUAUCUUCAUGUACUACGGGCUGACGAUAUCUUCGGUGGGGAUAUCGGGAAACAGAUACAUAAACUACUCGGCCUGCAACGCCGUCGAGAUCCCGGGGUACUGGGCCGCUGUGCUGCUGCUGGACAGGGUCGGGCGGAAGGCGGUGCUGACGGCCGGGUUCCUGAUCAGCGGCGCCUGUCAGAUUGCGUUUAUAUUCGUUUCUGAUGGCAACUACUGGGUUUCCCUGACGGUGUACCUGAUCGGCAAGAUGUGCGUGUCGAGCGUGGUGACGUCAUUGUACGUGUACACCGCCGAGCUGUACCCCACGCGCCACCGCUCCAGCCUCUUCGCCUACUCCUCCAUGGUCGGGAGAAUCGGGGGCAUCCUGGCCCCGCUCAUGCCCGGAGUUGCAGCAGUGGUGUGGGAGCAGCUCCCGUUCGUGGUGUUCGGCGCGCUGGCACUAGUCUCUGGAAUGCUGGUGCUGUUGGCGCCCGAGACGCUCGGCGCUCCGUUGCCGGACUCCAUGGAGGACGCCGUGGAACUUGGCAAGGAGGCACCUUCUCUCCACCAGUGGGUGAAGACGCUGGUGUUCAGAAGCAAGAGUUAUAAUAUUCGAUAGUUUAUAAAGUACCUCCGCCAUGUGGUUUUGACGAUUUGGAAUAAUAGGUACGAUGGCGUCACGGUCACGGUAAAUGUAUGAAAUUGUUGGUUUUAGUAAGUAAGUAAUUAGGGGCGUUUUUCACAAAUUUUAUAAAAUGAAUGUUUUUCGUAACAUUUAUACCCUAUCGAAUCGAUUACUGUAUUGAAGGUAUUGAAGUUGACUCUUUAGCCAUAUAGCCGCCUACUCAUUAGCAAAAUCCCGCCAUAAUUAUGUGGCGUUCCAUGUCUAAAGAGUCCUAAAUGUUUUAUGUGGAUCGUUAUGUGUUAAGAGCGUUCCUUUGUAAUAUUUCAUGGCUGUGGACUUGUGCAGUAGAUAUACAUUUUGUUGUACCCAUUACAUUGUGCUAUUUUGUUUGCGUUAAGAGUAUGUUGAUUUUUUCAGUGUAAAAAAAUAUAAUUAAAUGUAUUAUAUUAAUAAAGUAACAGUUACUUACUUUGAAUGUAUUUCAUACAGACGUGUAUUCAUUAGAUAUGGUUUUUAUCGA